AUGCUUCCUCGCCCUUCCGUCAUCUGGACUUCGCUCCUUGCAGCUGUAGUGUCUCUGAUCCUGUAUAACUUCAGUGUAGUCGUAGUAUCCUUGGUCCAUCUCGACUUUGCUCACGUACCGAACAGUAUAUGGCCCAUGACCCACCCUGCCACCUCUGAGGGUCUGCAAGGGGCUCGGAACUAUCGAGUCCAGAGUGGCAAUGAGACUUUGGGCGUUUGGCUAGUACCAGCGAAUGGCGGCAUCAAGCCUGCUGAGCGAGUUGUCAUAUACUUCCAUGGCCAGGCGGGCAGUCGAGCCCAGGGCCAUCGCGUAGAGCUAUACAAGAUGUUUGCUAACAGGCUGAAUGCUACUGUGGUCGCCGGCGAUUUGAGAGGGUACGGUGACUCGACUGGAACUCCCUGGACUAGUGGUAUUCUCGAGGACAUACGAUCGAUCGUGGAUUGGACCGGGAAGAUGUUCGACAAUGAUACAUUACCUGUAUAUAUACACGGCCACUCAUUGGGAGGUCCGCAGGCGCUCUAUGCUGCACGGUACAUGAUCGCAACUGGGAGGAAUGUAUCUGGUUGUAUUCUCGAGUCGACCUUUGUAGAGUUCCCUGAGACGGCAGCUCAGCAUCCCAUGACGCUACCGCUUUGGUUUCUACCGUUGAACACUCGAAUUCACCUCUUGGCUUCCCUCAUGGAACCUGUGAUAGAGGACCCCACUUCAUUCGACUACCACACAGGAAAACAGCUGCAACUUUUACGCGAGGAGGCUCCUGAAGUACCCAUAAUCAACUUUCAUGGUUUGUCCGACUGGCAAGUGUCCCCGAAGAACGCUCGUGCUCUGAGAAGCUCUGUGGGUGGUGUCAAUUACACUACUAUCUUCAUCAAUGGAGGCGGCCAUUCAAACCUUCAUACAGGCCUCAACCAAGACCAAAUGGCCAAAGGCCUCCAUGACUGGUUCCUUCAGACCGACCGUUUCUCUAUGGUCAACUAAUGCGAAUUGUUUCGAUACCAUCCU